AUCGAUUGUAUGUUGGGAAAGUCAUCACCGAUAUUGUUUCUGCCCAUGCUGUUGCAGAUGUAACUUAAGUUAGCAAGAGUGAUCUAAAUGGAUGUGUGAUCAAUUUAUUUGUGCCAGAGUCUAACAGAGAAGAACCUCCUCACACCAGCAUAUUGUUGAGUGUAUAUUGAAUACUGAGAAUAAAAGAUGGAUAGAAUAAAUGGUAUAACGAAUGCUACAAGACGAUUAUCUUCAGUUUCCCUGGGUCAUAGGUCACCCCUUAAAGAGAAACAACAAACUGUUGUGGAAGAAGAGGAACAAAUUAAAUACAACAUUCUGGUGAAGAAAUCAAAGCAAAAAGCACUUGAUGGAUUAGCCAGCGAGUCUCUGGCCUUAUUACAGCAAGCUGCCAAAAUAUACGACAACGAAAAAAUACAAAGACGCAUAAGAAAGCUGGAGGAGUAUAUCAAAGAAUAUGGAGAUGAGGAAUCUGAGGAAGAAGAUGAUGGAAUGGCUCUCGUUGGUGAUGGAUUUAGUAUUAGGAAGGAACUCUAUGAAAAACUUUAUCCAUAUCAGAGAGAAAGCAUACUAUGGUUCUGGGGAUUACACAAAAAAAAGUCUGGUGGUAUUUUAGGGGAUGAUAUGGGACUUGGUAAGACUAUACAAGUAAUCGCAUUCCUAAGUGGAUUGUUCGAUGCAGAGAGAGUGAAAAGUAUUCUCAUUGUAUUGCCAGCAACGUUAAUUAUCAAUUGGGAACGAGAAUUUGAUAAAUGGGCGCCUGGCAUAAGAGUACUAACAUACCAUGGCAGUAAUAAGAGAGAAAGAGAGCGAGCUCUCUCUAAAGUUCAGAGAAGAGGUGGUGCUUUAUUGAGCACAUAUGGAAUUAUCUCCAAUAACUGGCAAGAAGUUGCCACCAAUGAUCGUGAUGGCAGAGACUUUGUCUGGGACUAUGUCAUCUUGGAUGAAGGUCACAAAAUAAAAAACAAAAGUAACAAAUCAUCUAAGGCAGUGCAUGCUAUCCCAGCAAAGCGACGCAUUAUUCUGACUGGCACUCCUAUUCAGAAUAAUUUGAAGGAAUUGUGGGCUUUAUUUGACUUUGUAACGCAAGGGCAGCUUCUGGGUACCCUGAAGACAUUUUGUUUGGAAUAUGAGGGGCCAAUUGUCAGGGCACGACAGAAAGAUGCGCGACCAUCCGAGAUGCGGCUCGGCACUGAGAUGGCUGAGAACCUUCGGCAGAUAAUAGAACCGUACUUCAAAAGAAGAACCAAAGCUGAGACGUUGGAGAAGAACAAAGAGAACCAAACUAAGGAUGAUACUCGGGAAGAGAUGGAUGGGAAUACGACUGCCAGCACUUCUACUCCGACACCAUCUUUAACAAGGAAAAACGAUUUGAUACUAUGGGUGUUCUUGAGUAAAGUGCAACAGAAAAUCUACCAGGAUUUUGUAGAAACUCCAGAAGUCCGACAGUUACUGAUGACCACUAGGUCUCCCCUUGCUAUGUUGACGAUGCUCAAAAAGAUAUGUGACCAUCCAAGGCUACUCAACAAGAGAGCAUGUGGUAUGUUGAAUCUAGAGGGAGAGGAGUGUGAUCCGUAUGGGGACUACAGCGACACUGCCAGCCAGAUCUCAUCAUCGGAGUGCGCAGCUGAUAACAUAGACAAUGUGAGCAUUUCAGCCCUGGUGGAGGAGUCUGGUAAACUCGUGGUGCUUAUAUCACUGUUAGAAAACCUACGGGAUGAAGGGCACAGAACUUUAGUGUUCAGUCAAUCAAAGAAGAUGUUGGAUAUCAUGCAGAAGGUGUUGGAAGAGAAGAACUUCAAAUUAAUACGCAUUGAUGGUUCGAUUCGCAAACUAGAAGACCGUGAAAAACUCAUCAAUAAGUUUCAAAGAAACUCAUCUUAUUCAGUAUUUUUGUUGACUACUGGAGUUGGUGGUAUAGGAUUAACAUUGACAGCUGCUGAUAGGGUAGUAAUAUUUGAUCCAAGUUGGAAUCCGGCAACUGAUAGCCAGGCUGUUGAUAGAGCUUACCGACUUGGACAGAAGAAAACUGUUGUUAUUUACAGACUAAUAACAUGUGGAAGUGUAGAAGAAAAGAUUUAUCGUCGACAGAUAUUUAAAGAUUCCAUUACCAAACAAGCAACAGGUUCUUCUAAAGAUCCAUACAGAUAUUUUACAAGACUAGAUAUGAAAGAAUUAUUUAAACUUGACGACCCGACUGUCUCCACAACACAAAUACAGUUGGAGCAGUUACAUUCAGCCAAGAGGAAGACUGACACUAGUCUGGACAUGCAUAUAGCAUACUUAUAUUCACUUGCAAUAUUUGGUAUAAGUGACCAUGAUCUGAUGUUUAGUGAAGAAGCUGAAGAAUGUGAUGAAUCUGAAGAUGAGGUCGUUGGUGACUAUGUACAGCAGAAGGUUAGAAGAGCUCAAGAACUCUUGUCUAAUGAGUCUGAUCUAACUAGACAGUAUAAUGAGAGAAUAAAAAAUGGUACAGAGCCUGCACCAAAGAACGAUCCAAUGGAGCAUCAAUAUAAACCAACUAGAGCUCCAGGCAAGUCAUGGAGUCCCAAAACAGUUGACCUUACAAGGACUAAUGAUGUGGUUGAUCUGCGAGAUGACAGUGGGGAAGAUAGCGAUGUUGUUGAUCUGGACCAAUCUGUAUCUAACUUGGCAUUGCAUGAUCCACCGUCACAAGAACAGCAGGGCAGCAGUAGUUCAUCCAGCUCAAACAACUCAGAAUUCCAUACCGUUGACGACAUUCAGGAGGAUUCAGACGACGAUUCAGAACAUGAUUUAGACAAACUCGGCAGAGAGACUGAUGCUGAUGAGACUCUUCCAGACGUUUUAAACAACUCAAGAUCUGAAAGUUUACGAAAUCCUGAAGACCUUGGAAGUCGUCCUGCCAGUGGCAUGACAUCCAAAAUGAUGAUUGGUGACAGAGAUUUUGAAACCCCAGAUAUUGUUAUUGACCAGACUUGUCUUGAUGGAAACAGCUUUAAAUCACCUACCCCGGCAGGAGAUGCCAUCGUUGAAGACGAUUUAAAUGAAAGCAUCAUCAACACAUGUCGCAAAAAGAAAAGGAAUGCAGCGUUUAUUUCAGAUGACGAGGAGGAAGCUUCCUUUGAAGCCAAUGAGCUGGAAUCUGACAGGGAUUCUGUCAAAACAGAUUAUCACAAUGAUGUAGAAGCAAUGGAUACAGCUGAUGAUGGUGUGCUUGCUAGCCUAUCCCAUGAUUCUAUUGAGAAAGAUUCUCAUGACAUCACUAAUGGACAAAACACCAGAAUCAGUGUUGGAAAGGGAAAAGACAGCCUGUCAGAAAGUGUACGAUCUGAUACUGCCGUUGCUGAUCUUGAACAGGAAGUUGAAGGAGGUGUUUCCGGAGAUAAUGAAACUUCUUUUGUAGAGGUAGACUCUAAACAUUGUCAAGCGAGUUUUGAAUCUCGUGCAUCCAUGGACGGUAAAGACAGUGAUAGUAAUAAUGUUUCAACUGAAGAAAGUUCUGAUCCAGACGAAUCUCUAUCACCAGUAGAAGUAGAUACAAAAGAAAGCCAAGUUGAUUUUCCAUCACCUGUUUGUUCAGAUGAUGAAGAGCGAAAGAUGGAAGCUAUCCUGUCAGAGUCUGUACACAACGUUUUCUCCUCAGACGAUGAAAAUGUCUCCACUCCACUGAACAGAAGUAAGCUAGGUCUACGCACUGCUAGCUCCACAAAGAGGAGAAGAUCAAGCAUUCGAAUGGUUUCGUUAGUAUUGGACUCAGAUGAAGAUUUGCCAGAGAAAGAAUGUAGAGGGUUUAAUCAGUUGAUUAGACAAGACAUUAUGUCUCUGACAGAGUCACCUAUUGUUGCGCAUAGUAAGUCCAAAGACAGCAUGCUUGUAGACAGCAGUGAUGGUGCUUUCGUUGCAGAGACACCUGAAAGCAGUCCAUAUAAAGAGACCAGGACACCAGAAAACCAAUUUCAUAAUAUUCUUUCAGAGACUGAUGAAGAGGAGAAUGGAAAAGAUGAUAGUCUGGCGUCAGAUAUUGAACAGAGUGAUAAUGUUGUUGAUUUGACAGUGUCAUCAAAUGAUGCAUCAGGCAAUCUUGCAGUGGAGGAAAGUGAUGUUCCAGAUGAAGGUGAGGAGGAGGAAGAUGAUGAUGAGGAGAAGGAAGCUGAAGGUGAUGAGGAAGAAAAUGGAGAUGUUGAGGAAGAAGAUGUUCUUGGUGAAGAAGAUAAUACCAAUGAAGAAGGUGUUACUGAUGAAGAAGAUGUUGCAGACAAAGGUGAUGAGGAGGAAGAUGAAGAUGUUGAGGAAGAUGUUGAAGAAGAAGAAGAUGUUCUUGAUGAAGAAGAUAAUACUGAUGAAGGUGUUACUGAUGAAGGUGUUACUGAUGAAGAAGGUGUUGCAGAUGAAGAGCAAGUAGAUGUUACAGAUGAAGAUUUUGCAAAUGAGGAAGAUGAGGAUUUUUCAGAUGAAGAUGAAAACCAUAGGGACAAACAUUUUGAUGAACCAUGUGGUGAAGACAAUACUUCAGGGGAAAGUUUUCAGUCUGCUCAGGAAAAUGUGUCAGAUAAAGAAGUGGUUGAUGAGGACUUGUCAAGUGAAGAGGAAAUUUCCAGAGCGAAAAGAACAAAGAAAGUUCAUGUUCUUGAGGAGAGCUCUGAUGAAGAUGAGGAUGAAGAAGAUGGUAGCUUAGAGAAUUCCAAUGUUCAAGAUGCUUCAAUGGAGGAAGUUAAUAAUGUAGCUACUAGUAGUUCAGAAGAUGAAGAUAUGGAGGCUGAGUCUGCUGUUGAUGAGAGAGAACAGGCUUAUGAGAAGCUUGUUAAGGAUGGCAGAUCUUUUGAGAAAGACGGCAAUGUACAGUCUGCUCUGAAAUGUUACCUCAAGGCUUUAGAUAUCAACAGCCAGGAUAAGAACUUGCAGAAAAAAACAGUUCAACUUUAUGAGAAAUAUAAAUACCACAGUAAUCAGGGCAAAAAAUAA